GCUUGGUCUCGAAGAAUAAGCGACCAAACGCACAGUGUACAUCUUAGUGGUGUGUUUUCAACGCAGCAAAGUUUCCUCCUUGAAUCUUAAACUUUAAUUUUGAGGAAAAGGAAUUCAGGUUUAUUUUUGCAAGCAUGUCUAAGAGGGGAUUUGCACAACAACACUACGGUAGUCUCUCGUCUGAUGACUCAGAAGAAGAGAGUUAUGCUGGUUUUGGGACAAAGAAGAAACGCCUGGAAAGCACAGAUAAUGAGGAGAGAGGAGAAGAAGAGGAAGAAGAAGAAGAGGAUGAUGAUGAUGAUAGUGAGAGUGAUGAGAAUGACUGGAAUAAUACAAAUGCAGCAAAGUCACAGACCUCCGCUAUAAGCAAUGCGCCAAGCAAUAGCAACUACAGUGCUUUUGCCCAAAGGAUAAUGGUGAGACAAAGCAAGUUUGCCUUUCAUGAUUGUUGUUUUCUGCAUGUGUGUGUGUAUAUGAAUUCCUAUUAG